UAGUAGAAGAAGCCGGAAGCCCCAUUGACGGAAAAAGGAAAUCAAAUAUCCAAAUAGGUCAAAUUUUGGCGUCCAGUUUCUUCACAUUUUCCUCCGAUCAGAUCCAUUCUUGAUCUUCAUCCCUUCCCUCUACAUUCUUCUGAUCCGAUCUUAGAUCACGAAUCCCACUUCCUAUUUCAUCCAUCUUGACUACAUUACCUUCACCACUCACUUCAACUUACAGUUUCACUGAUGGGUUCUCUAUCUGCAAUCAGCGAGGAGCUUGCAGAUUUAGAUGGAAAAAUUGCCGAUAUCUUGCGAGCUCUAUCAAAUGGGUUCCAGAAAUUGGAUAAGAUUAAAGAUUCCAACAGGCGAAGUAGACAAUUGGAAGAUCUAACAGAGAAAAUGCGGGAGUGCAAGAGUCUGAUUAAAGAGUUUGAUCGAGAAAUUAAGAAUGUGGAAUGUAAUCCAGAUACCACUAAGAUGCUCAGUGAUAAGAAACAAUCAAUGAUCAAGGAGCUGAAUUCUUAUGUUGCUUUGAAAAAACAAUAUGCGAGUAAUCUGGAAAACAAGCGGCUCGAUCUCUUCGAUGGGACAGCUGAGGGGUUUGCAGAAGACAAUAAUGCUUUACUAGCUUCAACUAUGACGAACCAACAGCUGAUGGACCGUGGCAAUGAAAUGAUGGAUGAUACUGAUCAAGCUAUUGAGAGAUCAAAAAAGGUUGUUCAUGAGACUAUUAAUGUUGGAACAGAAACAGCAGCGGCUCUUAAGGCACAGACUGAACAAAUGAGCAAGAUUGUCAAUGAGCUCGACUCUAUUCAUUUCUCACUCAAGAAGGCGUCAAAGCUGGUGAAGGAAAUUGGUCGACAGGUUGCAACAGACCGGUGUAUAAUGGCUUUCCUAGUACUUAUCGUUAUUGGCGUCAUAGCAAUCAUUAUUGUCAAGAUUGUGAAUCCAAAUAACACAAGUAUUCCAGAUAUCCCAGGAUUGGCCCCUCCAGCUCCAAGUCGCAGGUUGCUUUGGGAAUGAAUUAAUCAUAUUUUUAAUUGCCUAUUCAUCAGAUUCUUUUCAUUUUUCCCAUUCAAAAGAUAGAGUUGUUGAGACCUCUUCAAAUUGUAAUUAAUCAGAAAUUUGUUCUUCCUAUGAAUGGAAUGUUUUUGUGUCUUUCUGCCAAA